AUGCCUAAACUGCGUAGCCAAACACGCAGAAAUCGGGCUCAGAAUAACCAUCAGAAUCCUAAUCCGAUUAAGCUGACUGUGCAUACUCGUAAAAAAAGAACCGCUGAGGUUGACAACGAGAGAAAAAUUACGCGAUCAAAGGAACAGCAGGACGAGGAAGCUAGGGCUUGGAGAAGAGAAGAAGAGGUUGCUAAUAAGAAGAUGGAUGAGUACGAUAGCGGCGGUGGCAAGAGCGCCGACAAGGGACUGGGAGCGGAAGAUGAAGGAAGCACUGCUCCUCUUCCUGAGAAGGUUCAAGUUGGUGGUUCUCCAAUGUACAAAAUAGAUAGAAAACUGGGUAAAGGAGGUUUUGGACAAGUGUAUGUUGGUCGACGAAUUGGUCCCACAAAUUUUUCAAAUGAAAGAACUGGCCCUGGAGCUUUAGAGGUAGCGUUAAAAUUUGAGCAUAGAAGCAGCAAAGGAUGUAAUUAUGGACCGCCUUAUGAGUGGCAAGUUUACAAUGCACUUGGAGGCAGUCAUGGUGUGCCACGAGUUCAUUACAAAGGGAGGCAGGGUGACUAUUAUGUUAUGGUUAUGGAUAUGCUUGGACCUAGUCUAUGGGAUGUUUGGAAUAACAAUUCACACACGAUGUCCAUUGAAAUGGUUGCUUGCAUUGCCAUUGAAGCCAUCUCUAUACUUGAAAAGAUGCACUCUAGAGGAUAUGUCCAUGGGGAUGUAAAACCCGAAAACUUUUUACUUGGUCCACCAGGUUCUCUUGAAGAAAAAAACUGUUUCUUGUUGACCUUGGCAACCCGGUGGAGAGAUAGUUCAACUGGUUUUCAUGUUGAAUAUGAUCAACGUCCAGAUGUUUUUAGGGGAACUGUGCGAUAUGCCAGUGUUCAUGCUCAUCUUGGUAGAACUGGUAGCAGGAGAGAUGACUUAGAAUCUCUUGCCUACACUCUCAUCUUUCUUCUCCGUGGCCGAUUGCCUUGGCAAGGAUAUCAGGGGGAAAAUAAAGGGUUCCUUGUUUGCAAGAAGAAGAUGGCAACUUCUCCAGAAACUUUGUGUUGCUUCUGUCCUCAGCCUUUUAGACAGUUUGUUGAGUAUGUUGUAAAUUUGAAGUUUGAUGAGGAGCCAAAUUAUGCAAAAUAUAUCUCCCUUUUUGAUGGAAUUGUUGGUCCAAAUCCAGAUAUAAGACCAAUCAACACUGAUGGUGCUCAGAAGCUUAUAUAUCAAGUUGGGCACAAGAGAGGGCGGCUGACAAUGGAGGAAGAAGAUGACGAACAACCAAAGAAAAAGGUCAGAAUGGGGAUGCCUGCAACGCAGUGGAUCAGUGUUUAUAAUGCUCGUCGGCCUAUGAAACAAAGAUAUCACUAUAACGUGGCUGAUGUGAGGCUCUCCCAACACAUAGAGAAGGGUAAUGAAGAUGGAUUAUUAAUCAGCAGUGUGGCUUCUUGUUCAAACCUAUGGGCCCUGAUUAUGGAUGCUGGCACUAAUUUCUGUGCUCAAGUUUAUGAGCUUUCUCCUUAUUUUCUCCAUAAGGAAUGGAUAAUGGAACAGUGGGAGAAGAAUUAUUACAUCAGUGCAAUUGCUGGAGCUAAUAACGGGAGUUCAUUUGUUGUUAUGUCUAAGGGGACCCAGUAUUUACAGCAGUCUUAUAAAGUAAGCGAUUCAUUUCCCUUCAAGUGGAUCAAUAAGAAAUGGAGAGAGGGUUUUUAUGUCACAGCUAUGGCCACUGCUGGAAGUAGAUGGGCGAUAGUUAUGUCUCGUGGUGCAGGAUUCUCAGACCAGGUUGUGGAGCUAGAUUUUCUAUAUCCCAGUGAAGGCAUUCAUCGCAGGUGGGAUAGUGGUUACCGCAUCACUUCAACUGCAGCAACAUGGGAUCAAGCUGCUUUUGUUCUCAGCGUGCCAAGAAGAAAACCAGCAGAUGAAACUCAAGAAACACUUCGAACUUCUGCUUUUCCCAGUACGCAUGUCAAGGAGAAAUGGGCAAAGAAUCUUUAUAUUGCAUCUGUUUGUUAUGGUCGAACUGUGUCAUGA